AUGAGCUUCUUAAGCAAAUUAUCAGCAUUAAAGAAAAAGACAGAAAAUGGCACGGUAGACAGAAAAAGUAUUACACCAACUGAGCUACCUCCUUCAGAAGUAUCUCUACUGCCGGUAAAAUACUCAAGAUCUGAAGAUCCUGCUGUGAAACGACUUAAAGAAUUAAGAAGGAAAGAAAAUUUGAAGAAUAAUAUUACCAAGAAUAAGGCAGCAUCUAGAUCAGCUACUUUAACAAGACAGCGGUCUUCAACAACAAGUAAAAUUGAUAACUCCACUGAGACUACAUUUAAAAGGAAACCUGGUCAAAAUACGAAAGCCUUUAGCAAUCAAGGUCAAUUAAAAAAGAAGCCAACUGCGCUGAAGAAGAUUUCUUUUGAAGAUCUAAUGAAACAGGCAGAAAGUAAUAACGUUCCGAAUAGCAAUGGUGAUCAGUCUUUAAAAAAUGUGAAUAAUAAAAGACCGUUACUUACAAAACCAGGAUUUAAGUCUCGUAAAGUAACAAAACCGAACAUGAAAAAUGUACGGAGAUCAGAAGUUUCUGUGACACAUCGUGCUGAGAACAUCUCUAAGAAGGAUAACGGUCCAGUUAUGGUAAAAUUACCGACCAUGGGAAUUGCUAAACCGAAUGCUAAAUUGAUACAAAAGAUGAAGCAUAAAAAUUCGAAAGGAAAGGGUUUUGGAGAUAGAUAUGGAAAGUCCAGUCAAGAUCAUUAUGAUAGCGAAGAAGACAGUGACCUGGACGAUUUUAUUGAUGAUGAUGAAGAUAAUGAUGGCUACGGUGAUUUAGAAGCUGCAGGAGAUCCUGGGUACAACAGGGAUGACAUUUGGGCCAUUUUUAACAAAGGAAGACCAAGACCAUCUCACUCUUAUUACGAAGAUGACGAUGGAGACAUGGAAGCGAAUGAACUAGAGAUUAUGGAAGAAGAAGAGGAGGCUAGAAGAAUGGCAAGGUUGGAAGAUAAACGUGAAGAAGCCUGGUUAAAGAAGCAUGAGGAAGCUAAAAGACUUCAAAAGUUGGGCAGAUAG